CAAAAAACACACAUUUUCACUAAACUUACUUUUUUUUUGAAAAUUUAGCCACAUUUUAUCUAGUGAUCCAAACUUUGUUUUACUUUAGCUUAUCAGUUAUCAUCAUUUAGUAAUGUAGUUGCUUUAAAUAAAGUUCUAGUUUAGUAAAGGUUGAUCACUUGGUGUAAGUGAUAAAGUUUGUGCUGCAGAUUGUAUCACACUGUUUUUCAUUUAAUUUGGAAGUAAUCGGAGAAGAUGAUGAGGAGCGUUGAGUCUGUUUUUACGGUUAUUUUUUUACUCGGUCUCUUAGUAAAUGGAAAAUCAGAAGUUUAUAUAGUAACCAUAGAAGGAGAGCCAGUAAUAAGUUACAAAGGAGGUGUUGAUGGUUUUGAAGCCACUGCCGUAGAUUCUGAUGAGAAGCUUGAUGUCACUAGUGAUUUGGUUACAUCAUACUCAAGUCAUCUUGAGCAAAGACACAACACGAUUCUUCAAACUUUAUUCGAUGAUGGAAACUACAAAAAGCUAUACAGCUACAAGCAUCUUAUCAAUGGUUUUGCUGUUCAUAUUUCUCCAGAACAGGCAGAGUUGCUUAGGCAUGCCCCAGGUGUGAAAUCCGUGGAUAAAGAUUGGAAGGUGAGGAGACUCACUACACACACCCCACAAUUUUUGGGACUCCCCACUGGAGUUUGGCCCACGGGAGGUGGGUUUGACCGAGCUGGAGAUGGAAUUGUUAUCGCUUUUGUGGACUCGGGUAUUUCUCCACAACAUCCAAGCUUUCAAAAUCAAGUUAGCGAACCAUAUGGCCCAGUUCCCAAGUAUAGAGGGAAAUGUGAAGUUGACCCUGAUACCAAGAAGAGUUUUUGCAACGGGAAGAUUAUUGGCGCACAACAUUUUGCAGCAGCUGCCACUGCAGCUGGCGCUUUUAAUCCUUCAGUUGACUUUGCUUCUCCACUUGACGGUGAUGGGCAUGGAAGUCACACUGCUGCAAUUGCUGCGGGAAAUAAUGGAAUCCCUGUGCAAGUGCAAGGAUAUGAAUUUGGAAAAGCAAGUGGAAUGGCUCCUCGUGCAAGAAUUGCCGUUUACAAGGCACUCUACCGGAUGUUUGGAGGGUUUGUUGCUGACGUUGUUGCUGCCAUCGAUCAGGCAGUUUAUGAUGGCGUUGACAUUUUGAAUCUCUCAGUUGGGCCUAACAGUCCGCCUGCCACCGCAAAAACCACAUUUUUAAACCCGUUUGAUGCUACACUUCUCUCUGCUGUUAAAGCUGGAGUUUUUGUUGUACAAGCUUCUGGAAAUGGAGGCCCGGCAGCCAAAACUAUAGUAUCUUACAGUCCAUGGAUUGUAUCUGUAGCUGCAGCUGUUGAUGAUCGCCGGUACAAAAACCAUUUGACUCUAGGAAAUGGAAAGAUCCUUGCUGGAAUUGGUCUAUCACCUUCUACAAGUCCAAAUCAGAAGUUCACCUUGGUUGCAGCUAAUGACGUCCUGCUGGAUUCAUCAGCUGUGAAAUCUAGUUCAUCAGACUGCCAAAGGCCUGAAGUUUUGAAUGGAAAUAUGGUUAAAGGGAAUAUCCUUUUGUGUGGUUAUUCCUUUAAUUUUGUUAGCGGUUCUGCAUCAGUUAGAAAGGUUGCUCAAACAGCAAAAAGCCUUGGUGCAAUCGGAUUUGUUCUUGCUGUAGAAAAUGCAUCUCCGGGGACAAAAUUUGAUCCCGUACCUGUUGGCAUACCCGGGAUUCUCAUCACGGAUGUUAGCAAUUCAAUGGAUCUGAUAGAUUAUUACAAUGUAUCUACCUCAAGGGAUUGGACUGGACGAGUGAAGAGUUUUAAAGCAAUAGGAAGCAUUGGAGAUGGUUUGGAGCCUAUACUUUAUAAGUCAGCACCAAUGGUGGCAUUGUUCUCUGCCCGUGGCCCAAAUAUAAAAGAUUAUAAGUUUCAAGAUGCGGAUCUUCUAAAACCAGAUAUUCUAGCGCCGGGUUCUUUAAUUUGGUCUUCCUGGUCUCCUAACGGAACCGAUGAGGCUAAUUAUCAAGGAGAAAACUUUGCUAUGAUCUCCGGAACUAGCAUGGCUGCACCUCAUAUAGCCGGGAUAGCAGCUCUUAUAAAGCAAAAGCAUCCUCAUUGGAGUCCUGCUGCCAUUAAGUCUUCCUUGAUGACCACUUCAACUACACUUGACCGAGGCGAGAGGCCUAUUAUGGCCGAACAAUAUUCGGGUUCUGAAACUAUGACUUUCGUCCCCGCGACUCCUUUUGAUUACGGGAGUGGUCAUGUCAAUCCCAGAGCCGCUUUAGAUCCAGGUCUUGUGUUUGAUGCAGGUUAUGAAGACUAUUUGGGAUUCUUGUGCACAACACCUGGGAUUGACUCUCACGAGAUAGGAAACUACACGCACCAGCCUUGCAACUACACACUUGGCCAUCCAUACAAUCUAAAUUCUCCAUCCAUCACAGUUUCCCAUCUAGUAGGAACUCAAACCAUCACACGAACAGUCACAAAUGUCGAAGCAGAAGAGACCUACACCAUCACUGCUAGAAUGGCACCAGCCAUAGCCAUUGAAACAAGCCCUCCAGCCAUGACCAUAGGACCAGGUGCAUCACAGAAAUUCACUGUAACCCUCACAGUUCGAUCAACAACUGGGACCUACAGUUUUGGUGAGGUUUUAUUGAAAGGAGACAGAGGGCAUAAGGUCAGGAUGCCUGUUGUAGCUAUGGGUUAUGAUCGUUAGGUUGGGUUCAAUCCAUCAUUAUAUGGCAUUAUAGUAUUCUUUAUUAAUCUGUUGGAAAAAAUAAGAGACGUAAAGAGAAAGUAGUAUAACGAAAGAUUUUAUAUUCUUUCGUGACUGUUCAGUUUUGCUAGUGACCCACGGUCGCUGCUGGUUCAGAAGUCUGGCUUCUGCAGAUUGUACCGUAUGCUUCUUUACAAGUAGUCUGUAUAUUGAUCAGAAAAUGGCGAAAUAUGUGGUUUGGGAAAGUGGAGAGGCAUUGGUUCAUUAGUUUUGAUAAUGUGAUGGCUGCAUUUGUAUUCCUCAAUAAGUUGUCUGUAAAAAUAUAUGAAGUUUUGGGUUUGCAUAUGUAGCCAUUUUGUUGGCAUGUUAUGCAUAGAAUAGUAACCUGGGAACAAAUGAAGUUAGAUAUGUAUGUCGGGCUAUAGUCAUAUGUUUUAUGCUACGCUAUGCUUUAUGUUAGGCCAUAAUCAUAUUUUUAUGCUAUGCUAUGCCAUUUGUGUACCAA